AUGGAGGACACGUACAAUAACAGGACUUCUCUGGUUAAGGGAGCCAAGGUCAUGGUGAAGGAGGCCAAGCGGCACACAGCAAAGAAAGUCAACAAGGUGGUCGACCACGCUGCGGACGAGUACUCAUCUCAUCGCAACUACACGCGAUUCCAGGAUGAGGAGGACGAAGAUGAGGAUUUCUACCGCAACCAGAAAGGACACGAAAGAGAGAGUUACCGUGACAAUGAGGAGGGCUCCAGCGAUGCCACGGAGGGCCAUGAUGACGAGGAUGAGAUCUAUGAGGGGGAGUACCAGGGGAUCCCCUCAGCCGGAGACAAGAAGCAUAAGGAAGGACAGGUGGCGCUGGGACAGGCAAUGUCAGAUGCAACGAGGGACCACAGUGAGCUGGAGCAGGAGAGAGAGGCAGAUGAAGAGGAGCUGGCCCAGCAGUAUGAGCUGAUCAUGCAGGAGUGUGGCCAUGGGAGCUUCCAGUGGCAGCUGUUCUUUGUACUGGGACUGGCGCUCAUGUCAGAUGGUGUGGAAGUGUUUGUGGUGGGAUUUGUCCUGCCCAGUGCAGAGACAGACAUGUGUGUCCCAAACUCCAGCUCAGGAUGGCUAGGCAGCAUUGUGUACCUGGGAAUGAUGGUUGGAGCUUUCUUCUGGGGAGGAAUGUCUGACAAAGUGGGCCGUAGACAGUGUCUCCUCAUUUGCAUGUCCACGAAUGGCUUCUUUGCCUUCCUGUCAUCUUUUGUCCAGGGAUACGGACUCUUCCUUCUCUGCCGUGUAGUCGCUGGCUUCGGGAUAGGAGGUGCUGUGCCCAUUGUUUUCUCCUUCUUUGCUGAGGUGUUGUCCAGAGAGAAAAGAGGAGAACACCUCAGCUGGUUGUGUAUGUUCUGGAUGAUUGGAGAGAUCUAUGCAUCUGCCAUGGCCUGGGCCAUUAUACCGCACUACGGUUGGAGCUUCAGCAUGGGGUCAGCAUACCAGUUUCACAGCUGGAGGGUUUUUGUCGUCGUUUGCGCCCUGCCAUGUGUGUGUGCUGUGGUGGCUCUUACCUUCAUGCCGGAAAGCCCCAGAUACUACCUGGAGGUUGGGAAGCACGACGAGGGCUGGAUGAUCCUCAAGCAGAUCCACGACACCAACAUGAGAGCACGUGGGCAGCCGGAGAAAGUCUUCACUGUAAACAGGAUAAAAAUCCCUAGACAACUGGAUGAGUUGGUUGAAAUGGAAUCAGAAACUGGAAACCCAGUUUCCAAAUUUUUCUUCAGGAUAAAAGCUGAAAUACAUGGGAUCUAUCUAAACCUCAUGAAGUGCUUCAAGUAUCCUAUGCAGGAAAACAUGAUGCGAUUGGCUAUAGUGUGGUUCACGCUGUCCUUCGGGUAUUAUGGUCUGUCUGUUUGGUUCCCUGAUGUCAUCAAACACCUUCAGGCAGAUGAAUAUGCUUCCAAAGUGCAGUUCCACAAUAAUGAACGCAUUGAAGGCUUCACCUUUAACUUCACCCUGGAGAACCAGAUCCACCGAAAUGGCACAUUUAUUCAUGACCAGUUUGUCAACAUGAAGUUGAAAUCCGUCACCUUCAUUGACUCCACAUUUCGUUACUGCACCUUUGAUGAUGUGACAUCGGUGGGUUCCUUGUUCAAGAAUUGUACAUUUAUUGACACUUUCUUCUUCAACACAGAUAUCGAUGAAUCUAAGCUGGUAGAGGGCACAGAGGUGAUUAACAGCACUUUUACCCACAACAAGACUGGCUGCCAGAUGACAUUUGUUGAUGACUACAGUGCCUACUGGGUUUACUUCAUCAACUUUCUGGGAACACUGGCUGUUCUUCCUGGCAACAUUGUGUCUGCUCUUCUGAUGGACAAAAUCGGGCGUUUGUCUAUGUUAGGUGGCUCCAUGAUCCUGUCUGGUAUCAGCUGUUUCUUCUUGUGGUUUGGCACCAGUGAGUCCAUGAUGAUUUUCAUGUUGUGCCUUUACAACGGUCUGAGCAUUUCGGCCUGGAACUCCCUCGAUGUGGUCACUACAGAGUCUUUCCCCACUGUCAGGAGAGGAACAGGCUUCGGUUUCUGUAACGCCUUGUGUAAGCUUGCUGCUGUCCUGGGGAACCUGAUCUUUGGCUCACUUGUUGGCAUCACCAAGGCCGUCCCCAUCCUCAUGGCCUCUUCGGUGCUCGUGGGAGGGGGGCUGGUCGGACUGCGGUUGCCUGACACUCGGUCAAAUGUUCUUAUGUAACUCCAUCAACUUUGAUAAGUCCUGUGAGUUCUCAAGAAGGCCAAAAGAGCUUUUCAUAGGGAGUGCAAGUGGCUUGGUUUGCCCUGAGUGUGUUAAUUUUAAGAAAAAUUCAGGAUUCUUUCCACAUACUGUCAUAUUAUAAUAAACUUUAUUUUGCUAAUUGGAACUUACAUGACAAACUAACACAAAGAGGAAAUCUGAAAAUUGUGGUCUUCAUGAUGAUGUUUGUUUACUAACGUUCAUAGAGGGCAAAACAGAGCAGUUGCAUUUAUUUGGAGAUUAAAUUACACACAGGUGGACUAUAUUUAGCAGUGUCUACAGUCAGCUGAUUGCUCUGGAUUGUAUUAACAAGGAUCAAAGAAAAGGAACUCUGUAAUUCUCAGAAUUUUGAAAAUUUAGAAAAAUCAUCCAUAAUUUUGUCUUUCAUUUUGACUAUAUUCUUCUUUGUGUUGGUCUAUCGCACAAAAACCCAAUACAAGCAUUGAAGUUUGUAAGGCAAAGCGAGUGGAUAUGAAGCACCAUGCUGUAAUGUUUGGCUCUAGGUAGGAGCAAAGUGCAGAUAACAGGAGGCAGCAGGUGGGGUGCAGAGGCUUUAUUGCUAAAUCCAAAAAGACUUGUUGGCAGGGAGCCAACCAGAGAGCUUGUGAAAGGAAUUGCAGAAUAUCACAGAAUGCAACAGAAGGAUCCAGUGGAGACCCGAUGUGUACUGAGGAAGGAGUGCAGAAUAAUAUGACCACCAGAAGAGGUAAUCAUGAGUAGGGACGGUUGGGUAAGCGAGGAAAAUUAGCAGAUAUGCAUCAGAUGAGCUGAGAGAGAAGCCAAGGGAAGGAGGAGCAUAAGUAAGGGAGAAAAUCAAACUAAACGAGAAACGAUUUGCUGUUAUUAUCUGUUUUUAAAGCUAACAACAGCAAAAAAAGGAACACUGAUCUAAGGAACCCAGAUCUAAUACUCAAAUAAUAAUAAACUAAGAUGUAAAACACACAGAAUAAGGAAGACCAGAUCUAAGUAAAUAUUAAUGAUUAAAACUGAAAACACAAAUGAAGCUAAAAGUCCAAACAGCUACAGAUCAUUACAACAUAAGGGAGUAAAAGGUUUUCUAUUAAAGCCACUCACUAGUAAAUCACAUCUUCACAAAACCAGAAUACUUAUUUGAAGGUUAACAUCUGCUCAGUUUUUUUUUUCUUUUGACUGAUUGCAGCCUCCAGGUCCAGUCACAACCUUGCAUAGAGACACCUCAUGAUGGAAACUUGAGGCUUUUAAUAUUGAUACGGUCUUAUUUAGAUAGGCCAGAUGGGGAGAAAAGUGAAAAACAAGCUGUAAUGAGCACAACCAAGCUGUUGUGUGACAGCAUGGGAGCUCCUGAUCAGACAGAGAAGACUCAUUGACACCUGGCUCACCUACAGCACUCACAGUCUGAGCACUGAACAUUUGCGCAGAAAGUUGCUAGAUACGUAAAUAGUGUUAGAUGAGUAAACAUCUUACAUAUUGACACAUUUUUAUUAAUCUCUAAACCUGCACUUCUUAAUAUUUUAGUGCAUAUUUGCUCAGACUAAACCAACGUUUGAGAGUAGAUCAUUUAUUUAGGAAACCAAGCCAUUUGCAUAAUCUCAACUUUGAAUUGAAAAGUCCAUAGUAUAAAUUAUAUUUUCUUGUACCAUUAAAUGUAAUGUUAAAUAUGAGGAUGACACCUUUAUUACCUGGUGUGUGACUGUGUAAGCUGAAAAAGUAGUCGUUUUACUCCAGAUAUAGAUAUUUUACAUUCUGUUUCAGAACUUUUUUGAUGUACGUUUUGUGUUGAAUCCUGUCUCUGUGACUGUUCCUGCCAUUUUCUUAAAAAAAAAAAAAAAAAGAUAAAUACUGAAUGGCCUUUUUUAGGAUGUGCCUCUCUUUGACAGGAUCAGUCUGCCCAUAGUCUUGCACUUUCCAAAGGUUAUAGAAAUGAGAGAAAUAAACCUGAGAGUAAAUGGAUAUACUUUAUUUAUUUAUUUAUUUAUAUUCUGUCCCAUACUGUCUUGGAUUAUUCAAUUUCCGGUAAUUUGCCAAAGUGUUAAUACUCUGUGAUAGACCAACGCCAAGUAUUGCAUAAUUUUGAAGUAGAUAGAAAUUUAAAAAUGAUUUUCUUUAAUUUACUUUAAAACAUUUUGAAAAGUGUGACUUUCAUGUAUAUAUAUAGUCAUCUGGAUCAAUUCUUUGUAACUGCCAAUCAUUCUCCAUUGACAUGUCUCUUCCAGCUCUGCACCUUGAAGAUCCUGUAAUUAGCUUCAUCUAUUCUCCCAUCAACACCGACUGGCUUUUAUAUCCCUGCUGAAGAAAAACCUCCCCAAACAAUGACCCUACCACCACUAUUUAUACGGUGGGCGUGGUUUAUACAAAUUGUAAAUUUUCUGUUACCGUUAGUAUUUUACUUGUAGGUCAAAAGGUUACAUUAUCAUUUAGCUCUGAUUUGUUUCUCCCCUGGUGCAUUUUAUUUUGUACACAAUUCCUCCGCUGCCAGACGGUCUUGGUAUGGUUCCAACACUGUACCAAGACUGUCUUGGAGCCAUCUUGGAACAGUUCAUUUGUUUUGUGAAUGUGAUCUGACCCCAAGUCGACACAGCUGCCACCUAGGCAUUCACUACAAGCAAAAUGCCAGUCUGCUGUUUUUCAUAGAGCAUAGACCCCCAUUCAACUUUAAGGAUGUAUUCUUAAAAUACAUUUAAGAAUAGGUAUAAACAGACUCAACAUUUUUGCCUAGUUUGUAACGACAAUUUUUGUUUUGCUUUGAUGGUGUGAAAAAAGAAACUAAACCACAAAAUAAUUACAAAUAAAGUCGAUGAAUUUGGAAUAAAAAUAUGAAAAUUACAGGUGAGAAAACAUCCUAAAUUACACACACAACUUGACUAAUUUCAAAUUGCCAAAUUCAGGUGACUUCUUAAGGGCGUGGGUUUAACUGUGAUUUAUUGGUACCAGAGUAAAAGGGGCUGAAUACAAAAGUAUGGCACACUUCAAAAUAUUAUUUGUAAAAACAUUGUAAAAACUCAUAAUGAUAUCUCCUCCACUUCAAAUAUUCAAGACUUUAAGUUGGUUUAUCACAUAAAAUCCCAAUACAAUCCAAUGAGGUUUGUGUUUUUGAUGUAACAAAUGUACAAAUAUUGCAAGGAUGGAUAUUUUCACAAGGUACUGUGUGUGUUAUGUGUAUGUUUCAAUUUCAAAACAAAAGUUGUUAAUUUCAAGUAGAUUGUUGUGACAGUUUCCUAUAAUGUGCUUUUAAAAAAGUGACACACUUGUAAAACUCAUUAUGUUACAAUAUUUUGUUCUGUUUCCUCAAUUCUGAGACCUCCAAUACACUGUUGAAGAGAAAAUAUGAACAGAGGUAACUUUAGGCUACGUUAAGGUCAUGUUGCUAUUUCCAUAGUUUCAUAACUCCAAAAUUGUAUUUUCUCACACACCGUUUCUCCUUUUGUUUGUAGGGAUAAACUGAUAUUCUCAUUCUUUUCUUUCAUUCUUGUUUGUUUAGUUUGUGCCUGUGAACUCUGUUUUCUGUAUUACUCUAUUUCCCCACAUUUCUUUGUCUUUGUGGUAUGUUGACUGUAGUUGUAGAAUACUCUUCACUGAAGCCUUCUUACAUAGGGCCACUUAAAAAAAAAAAAAAACUCCCCUCAGGCCUCACUACUGUUUGUGCAACCUUCACAUUUAUCUCUAUUUUGUAAAAUGGGUUGAAAAUAUAUACUGAAGUAUUGUGCUGUUGCUCAGCCAAUCGCUGUUGAACUCUUGGUUUAAUUAUUCCUGAACCAAGAGCAUUGCAGUCAACAAAAAUAUAAAUACAAUGCAAUCAUUAAUACCCAGCACUGCUGACUGCUAUCUGUAGCAUAAGUGUGAGACAGAGCGAUCUGCCUGGUUGUGGAUAUAUUAAAGGCUCAGUGGCAGAUCAGGUGGAUGGGAUGGUUUGAGACAAAUGAUCUAUUACCUGUCAGGACUGAAGGAUUUGGUAUAAAAGCUACAUGUACUGUAUUCGUGUGUUUGUGUACAUAUAUGACUGUAUUGUAAGAAAGACAGAAACUGAGCAAACUGUGUGUUUGUGUGUGUGUGUCUAUGUGGAUGAAUGAAUGUAAAUAUUCUGUACAUAUCAAAGCUAUUAUAUGUGAAUUUCUUAGUUAAAUGUGUGCAAGCUUCUUCUGAUUCAUUUUUCUCCUGGUAAUAGUCCCUUUAUUGUCCUGUAUCUCUGUUGUACAUCAAUAUGUGUGUGUUUGUCUUAGGCUUUCACCUGCUAUUACUCUGUGUGUGCGUGAGCAAACUUGCAUGUUCGUAGGACCAACUCCAGGGUUCAUUUCUUUUUACCUUUGUGAUGUUGCUGUAAAUUUUCCUGGCAGAAAGUGAUGGCAACAUUUUGAGUUUGUUGAGGAAAAAUGUGAAUGUAUCUCUCUUGUAAGUUGUGUUGGUCCAUUUUUUUUUUUUUGAAGGUAGUCGAACGUAUGUGGAGAAUUAAGCCGUCAAUAAUAUUGCAAAGGCAGCCAGAGGAUGACUGAGAUGUAUGUUCAGGUGUUUAAAAGUGUAAAAAAAAAAAAAGUGAAUAAACAUUUGCCAAAUAACUCGCUGUGUACGAUAUGAGACACUGGAAAGACAGAGUCUGCUGUCUGGGCUGCUUUUGAACAUAUGCAGUAUAAUAAAAGUUAUGUUCUCUUCCAAA